UUAUAGUUUUAAUUAUUUUUUAUUUGUAAAUAAUAAAAUGUGGCAAAUUACAUUAAUGGAUUCUAAAUUAUGGAUAAUAUGUACAAUUUUAUUGUCAUUUUUAAUAACAACAAUAUCCACAUCUGCAUGUCUAUUUGGUCCAUAUGGUAAUUGUAAAUUUGUACCGGUACCACAUGGGAAAACACCUGAAUGUGCACACAGACCAGGGCAAACAUAUUGUGAAGAAGUUCAAGAUUAUCCAAAAUAUUUAAUAAAAAGCCUUUUAGAUAAAUGGUGCUACGAUUUCAACACAUUAUUUUUAAGUGAAACACCAAUUGAUUUUAAUGGUAAUGUAGUACGUAAUCCACAUCCAACCACACAUGGACAUCAUAUUCAACCUGUAUAUGGACCACCAAAUCAUGUACCACCAAAUGUGAUUGGACAUUACCCAGAACCAAUUUAUAUACCAAAACCAGCAUAUGUUACAAAUGAAAUUGGUAAUACAUACUUACCACCAUCUCCACACGCAGUUUCGAACUAUUCAGAUCAUAAUCAAAAUUAUAAUCAAGCAGGAACAGUAAAUAAUAAUGUCCAUUCGAAUAAUAACAACUAUUAUCCACAAAAUUAUUAUCCAAAUACGAUACCAUACAUCCCAUACAACAAUCAACAACAGUUAGCAUCAUUAAUUUCCAGAGACUUUUGGGCACGAUUAAUACAUCAACGUGUACGGAGAUCUCCAUUUAAAGAGAAACAACCAUAUAAAUUCAUUCCAAAAACGGAGUCGUUUAAAGAAUAUAUAACACAUAAAGCACCCAGAAAAAUUGAUUAUACAAGAAAUUCAACAGAUUUUCAACGGGAAAAACGACAAUUUAUGUCAACUGUAAAUAAUGUGGGCGCAGAAGAAAUAACAAGUUCUACACGUGUUAAAAGACAGUUUGGUGGAACAGAACAGUUGUGUAAUGUUGAUACGGCAUUUGUUAAACCCAAGACCGCAAUGAAUACAAAUGGAAAUUGGAAAUAUGUUGUCAAUUUGGAUGAUAAUCCACAAUAUGAACAAUUUGUUCAAAGAGUUGAGUGCGUAUCCCCUCGAAGUCAAUGUAGUCAACUAUGCAGUCUACCUGAAGGAUAUCGGUCAGUCUGCGAACAACGAUACGUGCAGAAACGUUUAGUUUCUCUAGCCGAAAAUGGACAAACUUUAGAGUCAGAUAGAUUUUGGUUACCUAGUUGUUGUGAAUGUGUAAUUCAAAGAGUGUAAUGUUCGUGCGUAAACUAAAAAACAAACUUUUAUAAUUUAUUAUUAUUGUUGAGUAUUAAAAAGCUACUAGAUGUAGUUGCUAUCAUUUAUAAGUGAACUUUUAACAUACAUUCAUAGAUGUCAAGAGA